UGUGCGGAUCAGCACUUCAUUGGCGAUGUUUGGUUGGAUCUGUUGACUUGCGCUGAGACAGAAGAAGGAACAACACUAAUGAGGGAAAUGGCGCGCAAGACAUUUAAUCUAAGACAAGAAUUAGAGCACUCGCCUUGGAUUGUCAUCAACGGUGAGAGGAGUCCUUUAGCGCAAACACAACUGCAAAAAGCCAUUUGUGAGAAAGCACUGGGCGAUAGGCCUGAAGUUUGCGAUGAUGUGAGAGUGGCUAAAGUGAAGCUCGAGUUUCACUACCAAACCGGUGAUUCCGCUGUCAAAGACUAUGUGAUCGAUGAGUUGUAUCCAUCGUAUAGGGAUAUCGAAGAGAUAUUUGAUUUAGAAUUGAUCCCAUUCGGAGAGACCACUUUCAUUAAGGGCGAAGACGGAAAAUAUACGUUUACAUGUCCUAACGGUGAUAACGAAUGUAUUGGUAAUAAAAUUCAUACAUGUGUAAUCAAAGAGUUUUGGCACAACGAUGACGACCCCAUCAGCGAUAAUAGAGACUAUGACGGAAAACUACAGACAUUGGAGUUUAUAAAGUGUUAUUUCUCUCACGAAAAUUGGUUAUCGGAUCCGAUGAAAGCGGGCGAUGAAUGCGUUGAGCGGGCGUUUGGCGACGAGUGGAUACAAAUACGUGAAUGCGUUACUGACGGCGACGAGUACUUCGCCAAACAGAAAGAUACGAAAAUUGCGGGCGAUGAAUGCGUUGAGCGGGCGUUUGGCGACGAGUGGAUACAAAUACGUGAAUGCGUUACUGACGGCGACGAGUACUUCGCCAAACAGAAAGAUCAGGUGUCGUCUCUCGCGCCUCCUCUUCGAUACACGCCAUGGAUUGUCAUCGAAAGAAAACACAGCAAAGCGUCUGAAGUGCACUUAACCCGCGCUGUUUGCGACUCAUUUGAAAGCAAAUGGAAGCCGUGGGCGUGUUAUGCACCGCCACCCGCCCUCCCAAAGCCUACCGUCGAAAUACAUUACGAGCCUCUGAACACUGAUUCUCAAAGCUUUAUUGUCGCCCAAUUAAAUCAUCUGAAGACACACGUCGAUGAGAUCAUCACUUUAGAUAUUGUUCCGUUCGGUAGAACCGUUAAAAACAGCGACAAUACCUUCCAGUGUCCCAACGAUGAGGAAUGCCAUACGUUCAAGCACCAUGCGUGUGUUAUAACUCUAUUUAUGGAGAGUAAACCCGUGGAGACAUUAAAUUUCUUGGUCUGCGUUUUUGGUUCCGAUAUGACAAAUGUGCCGAAAGUGACCGAAAACUGUGCCAAUGAAUACUUUACCGAUCCGUGGGUUGAUAUCGACACCUGUGCUAAGAGUAAAGGCGACCAAAUUCUUCAAACAUACGCCGAGAGAGUGGAGAACUUAAAUCCUAAGUUAUCGCACAUCCCAUGGAUUUUAGUGAAUGGAGAACACGAUUUAGAAGCGGAAGACAAUCUGAUACAAGAAAUAUGUGAAAUUUUCUACACGACUGAUAAGCCGCCUCAAUGUAUCCCCGAAUUGAUAACCGUUUCCGUGAAUUACCAAAACAUGGAGACAUCGGUCGCCAAUUUUGUGGCGAAUCAACUCAAACCAUAUCAUCCAUACUUUGAAGAGUUAGCGGCACUUGAUUUCGUUCCCUUCGGUCUCACACAACGAGACGCCACUGGCUUUAAAUGUCCCCAAAAUGAAGUCCAGUGUAACGCAAACAAAGUUCACGCGUGCGUUUUUCAUAAUUUUUGGGAUAAACUCGAUCAUUCAAAUGCCAUGGAUUUGGAUGAAAGCCGGUACCGAACGCUUGAAUUCUUGGUCUGUGUGUUCGCCAAGAACUCAGCAAAUCCUAUAGCAGAUGCGGAACAGUGUAUUGAACAGGAAAUCGGCGAUUAUUGGGCCGAUUUAAUCAAUCCGUGCGCCACCGGACCCGAUGGCACCAAAUUAUAUGAAGAAUUGGCUAAGAAAACAGAUGUAUUGAAUCCGAAAAUAUCAAAAGUGCCCUGGGUCACUAUUGACAAUACAUAUAAGAUUGAAGCGGAAACUAAUUUUGUGCACUCCAUAUGCGAUUCAUAUCCGUCGGUUAAACCGCCCGUCUGCUCUUCAAUUGGCAAAAUCUUGGUUAACAUCGGAUUAUACUAUUCAAGCGAUGAGAUCACUCGUAAUUGGGUUAUCAAUGAAUUGAAACCCUUGUACGCGGAAUCUACUCCGACUCGUGCGGCACCGAGACUACAGACAAUAUUGAGUUCAUUGUUUAUACCGUGGGGUCAGACCAUCUAUAAUGAAGCCGACGCUGAAAACCCAUUCACGUGUCCCAAAGAAAAUGAAUGCUUAGCCAACAGAAUACAUGCAUGUGCUAUCGACCAGUACUUGGAUAAACCGAGAGGAGUGCUACACAUCACUGAAUUUAUUAUCUGCUUCUAUAGUGAGGAAACCUGGAGUACAAAACCAGCGGAAGCGGGCAAUGUGUGCGCCAAUAAAGUUUGGGUAUUAGAAGCCUGGCCACAGAUCGUGUCCUGUGCCACAAUCAAUACACCCGACAAUAUCAACACUUAUCUCAAAAUGAAACACAAAACCGAUUUAGCGAAGCCAACCAAACUGCCGUGGAUUACAAUUAAUAACGUGCAAAACAGUAACGCAGAGACCAAACUGUUGGAAACUGUUUGUGACAACUAUUCGGGUCUUAGACCUGAUAACUGUCCGACAAUUGGACCAACUGCUGAACCCACUCUACCAACUGGAGUGACAGGUGGACCAACAGAUCCGCCAACAACACCGCCAACAGCAGACACACCACUGCCAACACUACCGCCAACACAACCAGAGACAUCACCGCCAACAUCACCGCCGACGUCGCCGCCUACUUCACCGAAGCCAACUGAUCCCUCGCCGACCCCCACAACUGACGGCGCUCUUACAAUCGCGCUUACAAAUUGUCUCUUUAUAAUUGUGUCAAUAGUAAAAUGA